AUGAUGAAGCAAAACACCUCCAUUCAGUCCUUCUUUCCACCACAAACUUCGCCGACCAAGGCUCUACCUCGAACAUCUUCACCAACACCAGGUGAUGGCUUCAACUCCGACGAGCUCGACACAUCCUUGAUUCUCGCACCAAGGGAUGACUGGAUUCCACCCGCUGUCUAUGACGAGUAUGAGAUUGAUUCGCUCGUUGCAGGACCAGGACGAAUCAAGAUUAUCGGCCGCAUUGUCAACAUGUUCGGAAUUUCACCCAAGGCAAAACUACCGACUGGAGCCAAAGGAGCGAUUCAUCUCGUGAUCAAAGACAACACAGAUGCUGUUACCAUCAGGCUAUCGUACACGCUGAUCUCGUACGGACUACAGCUUGGGCAACUUGUUGCAGUCUGGGCCGCCUACAUCACAAACGGAGACCGUGGUAUCUUCCCAUGCGCUGUUGCACCACUCUAUAUCAGAAUCUUCCCAGAAAAGGACAAGAGCUGCCAUAUCCGCUGGCUCGAUGGCCCGGGGACCGCUCGAGUGUGCCGGAAGCCAUUGAAAUAUGAUUCUACUCUCAUGUCCUUGAAAGAUUUUGCUCAAGGUGGCUUCGAGGUUCCUGAUGCCAAGAUCCUUGUCAUUGUGAAGAGCAUCAGUACUCGCAAGAAGGUCACGAGAAAAGAUGGAACCACAGCAGAACUCGUAAAAGUCGGCGUGAUGGACGAUACAAGCGAAGCGAUACUGUCGUUGUGGGGUGUCACUUCGACAAGCCCGAUGGGUUGGCAGCCAUCGCAGACCGCGCUGCUGAUCACAAGUCCUAGCCUGAAUGUUUCGCAUCAAAACUGGCUAGCGCUGACAUCAAACACCUUCGUCGACGUGGAUCCCAUUAUUCCGGAGGCAGAAAGGCUUCGAGCAUUCGCUGGACAGAUGAUCAGGAGACAGCACAUUAAUCCGAUGUUUCCCGACGAAGAGUACAAGUCUUGGAGUAUGACCAAGCCGGAUGAGCAUAUUCUGUAUUCGCUUGCGGAUGUUGAUGACUACGCUCGUGAAACACCGGAAGAAGAAUUCGAGGGCUAUCUGAGUAUGAUCAUCAUGGAACUCAACAUAUCCACUCUUAGACAACAGAAUAUGCUCAUGUGCAACGAAUGCUGUGGCAUUCCGCUGUACGCGAACAUGACUGUGGUCAAAUGCAAGCAAUGUGAUGAGCAGGUACCGUUGAGAAUCAACCCACGAGUGAUCGGUAGAUUGGUGGACGAAAGCGGAUGCAUUACGAGUGGCAAGCUUGUACUGUCAGACCAUGCAUGGACACAGCUUCUAGGAAGAAGUAGUGAAGAGUUGGUCCAAAACAGUGCAAGUACACUGAAGAGUGUAGAGCACCGAAUGCUUCAUGUGCGAAUCACGCUGCGAUUCUGGUGGAGUGCACGCGUAGGCAAGCUGGUCAUUGCCGAAGUACUCGAGUGA